UUUAAAUGGGAGCGUCAACGUUCCCCGCAGUCAGUCAGACACGCCGAGCAGGAGACCGACGCGUCUGUUCGAGCUGCUGGAAGCGUGAAGGUUGAUGAUUAAAGAGUUUGCUGGAUUUAUUAGUUUGUCAGGAGACGCGCGACUUCACUUCCUCAACAGACAGAGACAUUUUGGAGAAAGAAGCUCACCUCUCUGCGCUGAUGUGAAGCAGUUUGAGGUCAAAGGCUAAAGACUGCCAUCCUCCCAGCUACAUUUGAACGCAGGAGCCAUUAAACAGGUACAUAAUGGGGCAGGGGGAGGUUUCAGCUAGAGGCUCAGCCAUGGAGGGGGACUGCCUCAGCUGUAUGAAGUACCUCAUGUUCAUCUUCAACUUCUUCAUCUUUCUCGGUGGCUCCUUCCUGCUGGGUGUUGGAGUUUGGGUGCUGUUGGACCCGAUGGGCUUCAGGGAGAUCGUGGCGGCCAACCCCCUGCUGUUCACCGGGGUCUAUGUCAUCCUGGCCAUGGGCAGCAUGCUGUUCCUGCUGGGCUUCCUGGGCUGCUGCGGAGCCAUCAGGGAGAACAAAUGUCUCCUGCUCUUUUUCUUCAUGCUGAUCCUCUUCAUCUUCCUGGCUGAGCUGGCAGCUGCCAUCCUGGCUUUCCUCUUCAGGGAACAUUUAACCAGAGAGUAUUUCAGCAGGGAGCUGAAACGUCACUACCAAGGUCACAACAACACCGACGUGUUCACAUCCACUUGGAACGCCAUCAUGACCACGUUCGACUGCUGCGGCGUAAGUGGCCCCGAGGACUUCGAGGAGAGCCUCUUCAGGCUCCUCAGCCCCAAUAAAUUGGUCCCUGAGGCCUGUUGCCAGAGGAACGAUUACCCGCGAGACAUCAGCGUGGAGCAGUGUGUGAGCGGCAGCGUGGCCUUCAGGCACAAUAAGGGCUGUUACUCUGCGAUGGUGGACUACUUUGAGACGUACAUCUACGCAGCCGGAGCUCUGGCCAUCGUGGUGCUGACAAUCGAACUUUUCGCCAUGGUGUUUGCGAUGUGUUUAUUCAGAGGCAUCCAGUAACGGCUGCGUCCACAUCAGCAGCAGCAGCCAUCAGAAAAGCACAAGCAGAAGGAAAACUGUAUAAUAUGAAACGUAUUUGUACAGUGAUUUGUGUCUCAUUGGUUUUGUGGACAUCAUUUUGUACUUCACAGCAGCAGCAGGGCGGUUCAGGCGCUGCUUUGGGCACAACAGACACACACAGGAAGUAAUCCGCGACCUGAGGAUGAGGUUCUGCACAUUCUGCGUCAGUUUUCUCAAAAGUAAAGGAUUAACACUGGUGCUACAAGCUAAAACACUGAGGGCAAGCCAGGUUAUACGUGGUCUCCUCACCACAGAAGUCACUUCGGUCCAGCAGACUGGCCCUAUAGCUGGAAACACACCACACCGUUUAUAACCAGAUUAUAACCUCGGUUUGUCCAUGAUGUCUGUAGUUCGGGCACCGCGGACUAUCAGCACAUUCUGUCUCGCCUCAGAACGGUCGAAGCUGGAUUAUAUAAAAAAAAAAAAAAAAUCUAGGAAAUGUGAAGAUGAUCGUGGAUCGUAGUUUGAGCUGAUUAGCAAUCAGAACUUAGUGGGCCUCAUGCAACAAAAUCUUUGUGUUCUCAUCGUCUUUUAGUUUUUACUUGUUCCAAGUACUAAUCUUAACUGUACAAACUUGUAGUUAAUCGCUCGUUUGAACUUGAUAGAAUUAUCUACGUCACCCAAAUCAAUGGAGACAAGGCCGUAGAAUCAUUCACAAAAUGAUCAUGAAAGAGUGAAAAGAAGGAUUUCACUCAAGUCUUUCAGACAUCAGCGUCUGUAGUCGUAUCAGAGGGACAAUUAGAAAACAUUAACGCAGCUUCCAACAGUGUGUCAUUAGAGCAGAUCCAUACUGUGAUAGAAAGAAAGAACAUCUGGCUAAAGCCACAAUCUGUUUAACAAUCACAAAAACUUCCCAGAGAUGUAAAAUCUGCCUCCUAGCUAAAUAAACCGCCCUCAGUCUUAUGGAUCUGUCGCUCAAAGUGGACUUCCUGAAGCAACACAGCCCUCUGCGUUGAUUUAAAGCAGGCCACAACCGACGAGUUAGAUAGCAAGAGCAUAUAUUUUAAUUAUUUUAUUCAACCCAUCUUUAACCAGGUAAGGCCCGGUGAGAUCAGUGAUCUCUUUUACAAGGGCGGCAGCAUAAGAAAGGUUACAGACAACAAAAAACCACGAGAAACAUUCGCACAUAAAAAAAUAUCCCGUUACAUGUGACGUUAAACUGCUGGAGGGGAAAAAACAGCUGCUGUGCCAGUAAAACAAAAAAACCUUCUCAAACCUCUCAGUAAAGAUCACACAGAUACAUUUAGUUUUACUUAAUUAUUUCAGUUGUUUUCUGUUUACAUGUUCAAACUCUAAAUUCCUUCAGAUUAAAGCGUUCUGAUUCUCGAGUAUAACAAGUGUUUUCCCUCCGUAGAGGAGAGUCGAACUCUAAAUGUUUCUUGCAUGAGGCUUAUUGUUCAAGUCAUAAAUCAUUAAACGUGAUUCAGAGUCUCUUCACAGUCACAAUGUUUGUUUACAAGAGUCUGUACACUCACGCGGGGUUCAGUGUGAAGUAUUAAGAUAACGGAGUGUUCAGUAUUUAAGUUUAUCAUGGAGCGUGUGUGCGUUUACAUGUAAAUAUGCCUCAGUAGGACUGCCAGUGUGCGUUUCCCUCUUUGUGCACAGUAAUAAUGUUCAUUCUGUCGGUAGGUAUAAAGUUGAUUUGUAUAAAUGGAACUGACUGACAUUAAACUGAUGUCUGUGAUUUUUA